AUGAAUGGCAAAGCUUCUUCAUGUGAGAUUCUCCGGCGUCUAAAGGCCAGGCUCAUACCUGUCCUCAGUGGACACGCAGACUUUGUUCUACAGCAUGCAGAUUCUCGCUCGCUGGUCACACCUCAAGGCUAUCGGCAAAUAAAAAGCUGCCGUAUCCCAGAUGAAAAGAUACGGGACCUUUUGGAUCAUAUCAUAGAGAGUGGGCCCAAGGCUUCACAGGGUCUGCUGGAUCUGCUGCGCUGUCAAGAACUGCAAGAAACAUUCCCCACGUUGGAUUUGAUCAAGGACACAAAAGUCGACGUCGCUUGCUUCGAUUGUAAAAUAUCAAAAAGGAAAAGAAAGAACAAGAAGAUACCUGAAAUACAAGAAGAUGACGUUCCAUCCAAAAGAAACUAUAAAAUGUUGGUGACAGAGAAGCAGCUGAUGCGUGUUGCCCGGGCCUUAGGGCAGUCCUGGAGGCAGGUGUCCAUCAUGGCGUUGGAGAUCUCGUCUGUGAAGCUGGAGCAGAUUGUAGCCGACCACCCAAACUGUCAGGUGACCCAAGUGUUCACUGCUCUGUGCUACUGGAGGAACGUCCAGAGGGACAAAGCCACCGCCCAAGGCCUCCACGCACUGCUCAGUCAACAAGAACUCGCCUUGCCACAAGAAGCCUUCAGCUUUCUGUUAGACGACCAGCCAUAA